AUGGCUGCCAACGAGCCUGUCAUAUUUUCUUUUCUGUCCCCCGAAAUUGAGGCCGCCAGAGAAAAGGCUUGGAAUGAGAGCAAGCCUGUUGCUGACACUCUUCCAAAGCCUGAGAGCAGUGUAAUCGCACCCUUUCUGCCAACUGAAUUUUGCGACGACCUAAUAGAUGUUGUAAUUAAGGAGUACCCAAAAAUAUUUCAGAUGAUAUGUUCCAAAGCCUACGUUCCAAAAUCUGUAUCAAAGUGUAGAAGGGGAGGACUUGUGUAUUUUCCAGGGAAGCCAGAUAUUGGAAUGUUUUACACAAUUGUAAUACCUCUUCAUGUAUCUGGGAUGGUAAAAAUUGGAGACCAAGUCAUAGAUACAAAUCAUAUCUAUAAUGUUUUGAGCAGCUGCUUUGUUGAGGUGCCUGAGGGCGGCAAACUUGCAGCAUUGGUUAUGGAUAAGAUUGAAUGA